AAACUUUAAUAAAACCGUAAUAAAAUGUUAAUAAAAUCAGGGUAAGAAAUUAAAUGUUGAGGUGCCGCAUCAGAGCCUGACGUACUUCACUGCACUCUUCUUCGCUAUCCUGUGUGUUGUAAACCAUUUCAUUUGUAUGCUCGGGACAACUGUAAAACCAUGGCCGCGGUCUGUGCACAAGAGCACGGAGGCGGUAUGUGUCCCAUAGCAUUCUUUUCCAAAGUAGUUCCAGCUCCGGUACAGGGUAUGCCGGCGUGUCUCAGAGCAUUGGCAGCAUGUGCAAUGGCUGUUGAGACUGCUACUACUAUCACACUAGGGCAUCCUACAAUACUCCAUACCAGUCACCAGGUCACUCAGCUUAUAAAAAAUCUCACCACACAACACAUGACAGCCCAGCGCUUAAGUAGUUAUGAGAUUAUUCUUCUAAAUACCCAGAAUCUGUCUAUUGUUUAUGGUCCUGUUAAUUCUGGUCCUAUGUCUGUUUUGCAUGCUAUUCUCACUUCUGCAUCUGACUCUGUGUCUAUACCAUCUGAGCCUCAUAAUUGCAUUGAACAAAUACAUAUUGCCACAUCUCCCAGAGCAGACCUCUCCUCCACAGCACUCAGUGGCCCGGAUGUGACCACUGUCUUUGUGGAUGGCUCUUGCUCCAGACCAAAUGACGGUACGUACCUCACAGGCUAUGCCGUGGUACAGCUCCCUGAUAAAAUCAUUGAAGCUGACACUAUUUUCCAGCCGUCUGCACAAGCUGCAGAACUCAUUGCUCUCACACGUGCCUGUCAGCUUUUCUCAGGACAGCGAGUGAACAUUUACACAGACUCACGAUAUGCUCAUGGCGUAGUGCAUGAUUUUGGUGUGAUUUGGAAACAAAGAGGCUUUGUAGGAGCAGAUGGAAAAACCAUUUCACACACAAAUCUCAUCCAAUCACUCCUAGAUGCUAUCCUAUUCCCAUCUGAAGUAGCUGUUAUCCACUGCAAGGCACACACUCUGGGUAGUGACGACAUUUCCAGAGGUAAUGCCUUGGCUGACAAAGUGGCAAAAGAAGUUGCAGCCAAGACUCUUUACUAUGAAAUGUUUCCUGCUAUGCUCACACCUCCCACAUGCCCUACUGACAGUUUGCUUUUGCAGCUCCAAGCCUUUGCAACGCAAUCUGACUUUGAUUUUUGGAUUAAACAAGGUUUAGAGAAAGAUCAGAAUGAUCUUUUCUCUAAAGAGGGGAGAAUAGGCAUACCUGAAGCCAGCUGCUUUAUUUUCAUCAGUCAGGCACAUGGUCCCGGUCACAAAAGCAUAUCAAGCACCAUCCAAUUCCUCAUGAAUUCAUUUUAUAUUAGGAAUCUCAGGCAGCAUGUACAGUCUUUUGUAAGAUCGUGUGAACCAUGUAUGAGAACACAUCCUAAUAUUCCACACAAAUCACAGCACGAACCUUUGCCCCCUCCAGCUGCUCCUUUUACACACUUACAGAUUGAUUUUACUCAUGUACCCAAAAUUGGUAAGAAAUAGCAACACUUACUGGUCAUAGUUGAUCAGUUUAGUAGAUGGCCUGAGGCCUUUGUGACAUCUAGGGAAGAUGCUAGGACUGUAGUGAAGAUUCUUGCUACUGAAAUUAUUACCAGGUAUGGCUGCCCUCUGCAGAUUAACUCUGAUAAUGGCCCGGCUUUUGCCAGUAAGGUUACCCAGGAACUUGCUAAAUUCUUGCAAGUUACCUGGAAGUUUCAUAUACCCUAUCAUCCACAGAGUUCAGGGGUAGUUGAAAGGAUGAAUAGGACCAUUAAGGAGAAGCUUAUGAAAGCUACUGCAGGAACAUGGGUAAAUUGGACAAAAUAUCUUCCAGCUAUUUUAUCUGAGAUAAGAAUGACUGACUCCCCACAAGGUGACUAAAUUAUCUCCAUUUGAGAUUCUGAUGGGACAACCUUUUCCCACACCCUGGGCCAGGGAACCGCUUGUUAUCAUGUCUGGAGAUUUACAGCUAAUACAAGAACAAUAUUGUGACGAGACCAAUCUCGCCACAUUGCAUUGGAGAAGCCUG